GGAAACCCGCGACCUGCACGGCCGCGCGGCUGUGGCUCUUCCUGGGCGCGACAGGAUUUGGUUAGUACCUUGAGGAACUGCAGGCACCAGAGAGAAAGCCUUAGACAGCCAGGUUGGAUCGAGAGAGCAGAUGCCUGGGAAGCGCUCAACUUAACCCCAAGUCUCUCUCCAGGAGAGAAAAAAAGGAACAAAGGGAAACCACACUGCAAGGGACUACAAGGCAAUGCCAGGAUGAGGGAGUUGGAGUGACCUGGGUGAUUCUGUGUGAGUCAGUCAGGGAGGCCUUCCUGGAAGAGGCCGAGGCCCCAGGGUGUGGCCACCACAACCCAUCAGGCUAUUUACAGGGCCGGGCCAGCGCUUGGAGCUGACCCAGCCGGGGUUUCCACUGGUUCCAGAGGAUGAGGCUGCUCCGCAGACGCCACAUGGCCGUGCGCCUGGCCAUGGUGGGCAGCGCCUUCGUGCUCUUCCUCUUCAUCCUGCAGAGGGAUGUAAGCGGCAGGGAGCAGGCCACAGAGAAACCAUGGCUGAAAUCCUUGGUGAGCCGGAAGGAUCAUGUCCUGGACCUCAUGCUGGGGGCCGUGCACAACCUUAGGGAUUCGAUGCCCAGGUUCCAGAUCAGGGCUCCGGAGCCCCAGCAGACACUGGCCUCCACAAACCGGACCUGCCUCCCCGAGUUCUAUGCCCCAGCUGAGCUGAAGCCCCUCUGGGAACGGCCACCACAGGACCCCAAUGGCCCUGGGGCAGAUGGGAAAGCAUUUCAGAAGAAACAGUGGACGCCCCAGGAGACCCAGGAAAAGAAAGAGGGCUAUAAGAAGCACUGCUUCAAUGCCUUUGCCAGCGACCGCAUCUCCCUGCAGAGGGCCCUGGGCCCGGACACCCGACCCCCUGAAUGUGUCAACCAGAAGUUCCGGCGCUGCCCCCCGCUGCCUGCCACCAGCGUCAUCAUUGUGUUCCACAACGAGGCCUGGUCCACGCUGCUGCGGACGGUGUACAGUGUCCUGCACACCACCCCAGCCGUCCUGCUGAAGGAGAUCAUUCUGGUGGAUGAUGCGAGCACAGAAGAGUACUUGAAGGAGCAGCUGGAGCAGUACGUGAAGCAGCUGCAGGUGGUGAAGGUGGUGCGGCAGGAGGAACGGAAGGGGCUGAUCACCGCCCGGCUGCUGGGAGCCAGCGUGGCCCAGGCAGAGGUGCUCACCUUCCUGGAUGCCCACUGUGAGUGCUUCCAUGGCUGGCUGGAGCCCCUCCUGGCUCGCAUCGCCGAGGACGAGACGGUGGUGGUGAGCCCCAACAUUGUCACUAUCGACCUGAACACUUUUGAGUUCUCCAAGCCUGUCCAGAGGGGCCGAGUCCAGAGUCGUGGCAACUUUGACUGGAGCUUGACUUUCGGCUGGGAGACCAUACCUUCACAUGAGAAGCAGAGGCGCAAGGAUGAGACCUACCCCAUCAAAUCCCCGACGUUUGCUGGUGGCCUCUUCUCCAUCUCCAAGUCCUACUUUGAGCACAUCGGUACCUAUGAUAAUCAGAUGGAGAUCUGGGGAGGGGAGAACGUGGAAAUGUCCUUCCGGGUGUGGCAGUGUGGGGGCCAACUGGAGAUCAUCCCCUGCUCUGUGGUCGGCCACGUGUUCCGUACCAAGAGCCCUCACACCUUCCCCAAGGGCAUCAGUGUCAUUGCUCGCAACCAAGUGCGCCUGGCUGAGGUCUGGAUGGAUAGCUACAAGGAGAUUUUCUACAGGAGGAAUCUGCAGGCAGCAAAGAUGGCCCAAGAGAAAUCCUUCGGGGACAUUUCGGAGCGACUGCAGCUGAGGGAACGACUGAACUGUCGCAACUUUUCCUGGUUCCUGCACAACAUCUACCCAGAGAUGUUUGUUCCUGACCUGAAGCCCAUCUUCUACGGAGCUCUCAAGAACCUCGGCAUGGAUCACUGCCUGGAUGUGGGAGAGAAUAACAAUGGAGGAAAACCCCUCAUCAUGUACACCUGCCAUGGCCUUGGCGGCAACCAGUACUUUGAAUACACGACCCAGAGGGACCUUCGCCACAACAUUGCGAAGCAGCUGUGUCUCUAUGCUGGUGCUGACACUCUGGGCCUUAGGGGCUGCCACUUCACGGGCAAGAAUAGCCAGGUGCCCGAGGAUGAGGAAUGGAAAUUCACCCAGGAUCAACUCAUCAGGAACUCAGGAUCUGGUACCUGCCUGACAUCCAAGGACGGAAAGCCAGCCAUGGCCACCUGCAAUCCCAGUGAUCCCUACCAGCACUGGCUCUUCAUCUAGGCCCUGGAUCACCCCCCUGUGGGAGAUCCCACAAGCCUCUUAGGAAACAGGAUUUGGGGGAACCUGAUGUUUGAGAACCUGAUCAUCAGUUCCCUGUCGGCCUUAAAGAUGGAUUUCAAACUCGAUGCAAAUCAAGGCAGGACCUUCCUACUCCUUGCAACAACAUUGGGCCCAUUUUCUUUCCUCCACGUUGGUGGAAGAGACCGUUAGAACACAUAAUACGUUACCUAGAGCUCUCCUUCUGCCCUAGAAACAGACUUGCAAAGCAGAGGAGGCAGCUGGGCUAGAGCCCAGGGCAGCAAUGCUGAUUUCAAGAAAAGUACCUCUGCAGCCACGUCCUGAAUCCCUCAUCAUCUAGAACACCCACAGAAUCCAGUGAAACAGUAUAUUCUACCAGAGGAAUUAGAGGUCUAAGAGUCUCCCUUGCUAACAUUACCUGAAGCUUCUUGACAGGAAUCCUUUAUCUCAUUUCAUCUGCACGAUAGUCCCGUGAAAAAGACAGGAACCACUGUGCCCAUUUUAUAGACAAGAAUGCUGAGGCAGAGAGAAAUAAAGGAGCUGGUCUGUAUCCUGAACCUGGGCUCCUCCCACCACACCACAAGAACACUAGGCAACUAGCCAUCAGCUCCCCACUGUCUCUUCCCUCCAGUCUGAUCAUUUCUGGCUGGCUGGUCUCCAUAAAGCCUAGAGCAGUGCAGCCAGGUAGCUGUGAGGGAGACCAUAUUUAGGAAUCCUGAGAUGUUCGUUUUGAAAGAAAACUUGUGGAGCUAGUGAUUCUCAGGUUUAAGUCCCAGAACCUUUUUUCAGUGCUCCAUGUAUAAUGUAGUUCAGAAGCAAAAUAGCCACGGUUGAAAAUGAGGGUGGGUGAGGGCAUUGCCCACCAGACCCUGAACUUUUCUAAAAGUCUGCAAGCACAAUUUGAAAAUCAUCGUUUUAGUCCAGCCCUAUCAUUUUCAUAUUAUGAAACCAAGGCCAGAUAAGUGAAGUUAUUUGCCCCAGGCCACACAACCACGUAUCGGCAGCCCUGAGGCUAGGACCCAGAUAAGGCUAACGAGCCCUGGGAAGUCUGAAGAAGCCGGAACAGCAGGUAGUCUGGAGCACGACUGCGCGACGCCUCGUCUGCGGUUCUCGCGUGAACUCCCCGCACAGAGCAGACCUGCCGUGCGUGUCAGCUCUUCCCCAAGCAAGUUGGACCCCACCACGCAUGGCUGCUUUGCCUGAAGUAGAGAGCCCAGCUGCCCAGAGGACUCAUUCCUUCUUGGAGGGCUUCCUACUUGAGUAGCAGGCUGUCUUCUUGGACAGCACCACAUGAGGGUGCCGUGGGACCACAGCUGCCUCUGCUUCCCACGCAACUCCCCGCCGCAGGAAGUCUCCUAGGUCCCAUGGGGUAGCCCAGCCAAAGGGAGAGGAGAGAGUGGCCAGGACGUGUCCUGGAGUGGGGAAAGGGAAAAGUUCUUUCCCAGAAAGAGAAGAGAAUUGCACAUGAGAUCCCACUGGAAAUAAAGGUUUUAUGGCAUUGGUAAA